ACCCUCCAGCUCUCUGACGCUCUCUGGACUAUGAUGCUGACAGCGUCUGCUCUACUGCUGCUCCUGCUUGGCCCUGGCAUUGGUGCCGUGCCCAGCGGACUCUGGGAACACCAGGGAUCCUCUCGUUGUGUGCCCAUCCCAAGCAACAUGGCCCUGUGCCAGGGUCUGGGCUACAACAGCAUGCGGAUGCCCAACUUGCUGGGACACGAAUCUCCAGCUGAAGCGGUGCAGCAGAGCACUAGCUGGCUGCCGCUACUCGCCCGAGAGUGCCACCCACACGCCCGCAUCUUCCUGUGCUCGCUCUUCGCUCCUGUGUGCCUUGAGAGGAUCAUUUCACCAUGCAGGAGUCUGUGUGUGUCGGUACGGGACAGCUGCGCCCCCAUCAUGAACUGCUACGGUUACCCCUGGCCUAGAAUACUGCAAUGCGACCAGUUUCCCAAAGAUCACCUAAUGUGCAUUUCCUCAGUUGCGCAUAUGCAAAACGGCACCAGCAAUGACAGCCGAGUGGUGCCGCGUGCAAGCUGCACAGACUGUGAGCUGGAGGAGGCCACGUCAUCCAAAAACCUGCUCGACCUCUUCUGUAAAAGUGACUUUGUGGUUAAAGUGCGUCUAUCCAAGCUGAACUCCAGUAGUUCUGUCCUGACGAUGUUCUCCCUGGGCUCUCGGCUGGAGGUCCUAAAGCACGGCCCGCUGCUGGGAGGAGAAAUGAGGAGCCGUUUGACCUUGUGGCUGGAGCGGGACGCCACCUGCGUGGGCAACCUGACCCGCAACAAUCCCGACGGGGGAGCCUUCCUGCUGACAGGCACCGUGUCGGGCAAGCGACUGCUGGUCACGAAAGCGUUUAGCUGGGGAAAACGCCAGCGGCACCUCAGCCAAGCAGCACGCAAGUGGAAAAGCCAUCGGUGCAGAGGGUAGAGUUUCAGAAAACGUACCUCAGAGUGUUCAUAAUGUUGUAAAUAAUAGAAGAUCCUUGAACUAUAUUUUUAA